AAAAACUUAAAACAGCAAGCUCCUGAAGAAGCCAAAAAAGAGAGAAAGAAAAGAAGAAAAGCCACUAAGAACCAAGCUGUCAGGCAUCAAUUGCUGUCUCUGCCAAACAAUUUCAAAACCCUAAAAACCUCACUGAUCUCCCUAUUUUAAUUUUCGCGCUAAAAAUUGAAUUAGUGAGGAUGUCAGUUGUUGACGAAGAUCAACAGUGGCUGCUAAAUUGCUUAAAUGCAACACUCGAUCCUAACCAAGAAGUCCGUUCUUUCGCCGAAGCUUCUCUUAAUCAGGCCUCAUUUCAACCAGGUUUUGGACUGGCACUAUCCAAGGUUGCUGCAAACAGGGAGAUCUCUUUAGGAUUGCGUCAGCUAGCAGCAGUUAUUCUGAAGCAAUUUAUUAAGAAACACUGGCGAGAAGGUGAAGAUUCUUUUGAACAUCCUGCCGUAUCAAGUGAAGAAAAGGAGGUUAUAUGCAGACUUCUUUUAGCUUCGUUGGAUGAUUCACAUAAGAAAAUCCGCACAGCAAUAAGUAUGGCCAUGGCAUCAAUUGUUAUGUAUGACUGGCCAGAGGCUUGGCAUGACUUAUUGCCAUCCCUUCUCAAGUUGAUUACUGAUCAAACUAAUAUGAAUGGUGUAAAUGGAGCUCUAAGGUGCUUAGCUCUUCUAUCCGGAGACUUGGAUGAUACAAUGGUGCCAACACUUGUACCUAUUUUAUUCCCAUGCUUACAUACAAUCGUGUCUUCCCCUCAGAUAUAUGACAAAUAUUUGCGUGCAAAGGCCCUUUCAAUAGUUUACGCCUGCACAUCCAUGCUUGGAGCUAUGAGUGAGGUGUAUAAGACAGAAGUCAGUGCAUUAAUGACACCAAUGCUUGAGCCCUGGAUGGACCAAUUCUCUAUUAUAUUACAACAGCCGGUGCAGUCUGAAGAUCCUGAUGAUUGGAGCAUGAGAAUGGAGGUUUUAAAGUGCCUGAAUCAGUUUGUUCAGAAUUUCGUUAGUCUUUCAGGAAAUGGCUUUGGGGUUAUCAUAGGACCUUUGUGGCAAACAUUUGUCACAUCUCUGAGAGUGUAUGAGAAAUCAUCAAUUAAGGGCGCAGAAGAUCCCUACGAUGAUAGUUACGACUCUGAUGGUGCAGAAAAGAGUCUUGAUUCGUUUGUUAUCCAGCUUUUUGAGUUUCUGUUGACUGUUGUUGGCAAUGCAAAACAUAUGAAGGUUGUUUUGGAAAAUGUUAAGGAAUUGGUUUAUUACACCAUAGCUUUUCUGCAAAUUACAGAAAAACAGGUGCAUACAUGGUCAACGGAUGCUAACCAAUUUGUUUCUGAUGAGGAUGAUGUAACCUAUAGCUGUCGCGUUUCUGGUGCACUUCUGCUUGAAGAAGUGGUAAACUAUUUUGGUCGAGAUGGUAUCUGUGCCAUCAUAGAUGCUGUGAGAGAGAGAUUCAACGAGUCUCAACGAGAAAAAGCCUGCGGUUCCGUAUUUUGGUGGAGAAUAAGGGAGGCUACACUCUUUGCUUUGUCAUCUCUGUCAGAGCAAUUGCUUGAAGCUGAGGCUUCUGAAUUGAUCAACGUCAGCUUAGGCAACCUUGUAGAGCAGAUGAUCACUGAAGACGGCAGGACAGGGGUGCAUGAAUAUCCCUUUCUCUAUGCCCGGAUUUUUAUAUCAGUUGCUAAAUUCUCCCCUUUGAUCAGUCAUGGGGUUCUUGAGCAAUAUCUUACUGCUGCAAUACAGGCUGUUGGCAUGGAUGUACCCCCACCUGUGAAAGUAGGUGCUUGCCGGGCGCUUUCCCAACUCCUAUCUCUACCUCGAGCUAACAAAGACAUCAUACAACCUCAAAUGAUGGGUUUAUUUUCAGCACUUACAGAUCUACUUCAUCAGGCAUCUGAUGAGACAUUGCACCUAGUACUUGAAACAUUGCAGGAAGCCAUUAAGGCAGGUCAUGAAGUAUCAGCAAUGGUCGAGCCUAUUAUCGCACCUGUAAUCCUUAGUUUGUGGGCGGUUCAUAUUUCUGACCCCUUUAUUAGUAUCGACGCAGUUGAGGUCCUGGAGGCAGUAAAAAAUAUUCCAGGAUGUAUUCACCCAUUGGUUUCUCGAAUUUUGCCGCAUGUUUGGCCAAUCUUGAAUAAGUCACAUGAGCAGCCUGAUGAACUGGUAGCUGGAUCCUUGGAUCUGGUGACCAUGCUACUAAAGAAUGCUCCAGGCGAUGUAGUAAAGGCAUUAUAUGACGGUUGUUUUGAGGCUAUUAUCCGUAUAGUCCUUCAAAGUGACGAUCAUACUGAAAUGCAGAAUGCUACAGAAUGUUUAGCUGCUUUUAUAUCUGAAGGAAGGCAAGGAAUACUUGCUUGGGCGGCUGAUUCUGGAUUUACAAUGAGAAGUUUGCUUGAUGUAGCUUCAAGGCUUCUUGAUCCUGAUUUGGAAAGCUCUGGAUCCCUUUUUGUUGGGAGUUACAUUUUGCAACUCAUUUUAUAUCUGCCAUCCCAAAUGGCACCUCAUAUGCGAGACCUUGUUGCUGCUCUUGUUAAACGAAUGCAGUCAGCUCAAAUAACAGGAUUGAGAAGCUCCUUGUUACUUAUUUUUGCUAGAUUGGUCCACAUGAGUGUUCCUAAUGUUGAACAGUUUAUAGAUAUGCUAAUCAGUAUUCCAGCUGAAGGCUUCCAUAGCUCCUUCGUUUACAUAAUGUCUGAAUGGACUAAGCAGCAAGGGGAAGUACAAGGAGUCUAUCAAAUUAAAGUUACAACCUCGGCUUUGGCCUUGCUACUAUCCACAAGGCAUGCUUCACUGGGGAGUAUUUAUGUACAGGGCCAUUUGAUUAAGUCUGCUACAGGGAUAACUACUCGCUCAAAAGCUAAAUCCACUCCGGACCAGUGGACAGUUGUGCAGCUCCCUGCGAAGAUUGUGGCUUUGUUGGCUGAUGCAUUGAUUGAAAUUCAAGAACAAGUGCCAGCAGGUGAUGACGAGGAGGGUGAGUGGGAAGAAAUUCAGGAAGGAGAUGUGGAAUCUGAUAAUGCACUGAUGUACUCUGCAGCUGGUACAUCCGCUGGCAGAACCACAUAUGAUCAACUUGAAGCAAUUGCUAAAGCAUUUAAUGAGAAUGACGAGGAUGGGGAUGAUGAUGGCCUGUUGCAUGUCGACGAUCCACUGAAUGAGAUUAAUUUGGCAAGUUGUCUUUUGGAGUUCUUCACAAAAUUUUCUGACUGCGACAGGGAGCUGUUUGAUCAUAUUUUCCAGGGUUUAACUCAGGCUCAACAAGCAGCUAUCCGGACAGUGUUAGUGCGAUAAGGUGCUUGCUCGCUAGAUGGAUUCUUAUAUGAUUCUGGGCAUUACAUCGCGUUCUAUUUAAUUUUUUCGUUUCAUUAUUUUUUGUUUCUGGGUUAUUGGCAGUCGGGAGCAAAAUUAUUCCAUUGAUUGAUCGAUUGAAGAAAUUGUUGAGUGUGAGUUUGUAAAGCAAGUAAUGCGUUUCCUUUUUUUAUUAGAUAUACAAAAUUUUGCUUUGAUGUCCAAUUUUUUUACGGAGAAACAGAAGAAUCGCCUUUAUAAUAUAUGGAGUAUAAGAAAGAAAGGUACCAGCUUAAAAUGAAGUGACCAGAAGAAACAAUCUUCUAUGUAUGAAGACAUUCUUUUAUUUUUAUUCAAGUAGUAGUGUAUAAACUCAAAGUUAUAUAACUAUCUGGGAAUGAUAUCACAUUUGGUAUUUAUAGAAUGAGGAUUUUUCUGAUCA